CGAAGCUCACUUCGCUAACUCCGCCCCCUUCUUCUUCAUCUUCAUCUACUUGUCUCUCUCCUCUGUAUAUUGUGUAUCUUCUCACAAUCUCUCUGGAUCUCUCUCCAUUUUCAUCACUCGAUAGUUCUUACGGUAGAUUCUUUCGAGCUACAAGCUCAUUUACAGACGACGUCCGCUUCAACUCUCCAAGGUUACCAUGUCACAAUCGCUAAAUCUCUUCAUUUCUUCACCUAGUUUCCCUCUUACCAAGUACUCCUCUAUAAAACCUACAUUUCCUUCUCCAUCUUGCCGAUUUCCGCCGAGGUUUGUUCGGAAAUCAGUAACUGCAUCGUUAUCAUCGGGAACAUCUUCGGAUCUCGAGUUUCCGUUUCCUUCUUCAUCUUCAGUCAUCCACUCCGAUAAUGGAUCCCGUCUAUCGGCUUCGUUAUUGUCGACGUGGUCGGCGGCUGAUUCGAGCUCAAUCGAAGUUGAUGCUGUGACGGAGGCAGAGAUGAAGGAGAAUGGAUUUCGUAGCACUCGACGGACUAAGCUUGUUUGUACGAUCGGCCCUGCUACAUGUGGAUUUGAGCAGUUGGAGGCAUUGGCUGUCGGUGGGAUGAAUGUGGCGCGUAUAAACAUGUGUCAUAACUCUCUUGAUUGGCAUAGGAAGGUUAUUGAGCAUGUUAGAAGGUUAAACGAGGAGAAAGGAUAUGCUGUUGCAAUAAUGAUGGAUACUGAAGGUAGUGAGAUUCAUAUGGGUGAUCUUUGUGGUGAUUCAUCUGCAAAAGCUGAGGAUGGUGAGAUAUGGACAUUCAGUGUUAGGGCACUUGAUUCACCUCGCCCAGAGCGCACAAUCAAUGUGAAUUAUGAUGGAUUCGCUGAAGAUGUGAAAGUUGGUGAUGAACUUCUGGUGGAUGGUGGCAUGGUGAGGUUUGAGGUUAUUGAGAAGAUUGGUCCUGAUGUCAAGUGCGUGUGUACUGAUCCAGGACUCUUGCUUCCACGAGCCAAUCUAACAUUUUGGCGGGAUGGAAGCCUAGUUAGGGAACGUAAUGCAAUGCUUCCAACAAUAUCAUCCAAGGAUUGGUUAGAUAUCGAUUUCGGCAUAGCUGAAGGUGUUGAUUUUAUUGCCGUCUCUUUUGUCAAGUCUGCUGAAGUGAUCAACCAUCUGAAGAGCUAUAUCAAGGCUCGGUCGCGCGACAGUGACAUUGCUGUAAUUUCAAAAAUAGAGAGUAUUGACUCACUGAAGAAUUUGGAGGAGAUUGUUCAAGCAUCGGAUGGAGUCAUGGUGGCAAGAGGAGACCUGGGUGCUCAAAUCCCAUUAGAGCAAGUCCCAUCGGCCCAACAAAAGAUUGUUCAGAUAUGCAGAUAUUUAAACAAACCAGUUAUUGUGGCUUCUCAGCUUCUGGAAUCCAUGAUCGAAUACCCUACACCCACAAGAGCUGAGGUUGCUGAUGUUUCCGAAGCUGUCAGACAACGAUCAGAUGCCCUGAUGCUAUCUGGGGAGUCAGCCAUGGGUCAAUUCCCCGACAAGGCAUUGGCUGUAUUAAGAAGCGUGAGUGUUCGAAUUGAGAAGUGGUGGAGAGAUGAGAAGCGUUAUGAAGCCAUGGAACUCCCAGAAAUAGCUUCCUCCUAUACCGACAGCAUCUCUGAAGAAAUCUGUAAUUCUGCUGCAAAGAUGGCGAAUAAUUUGGAGGCGGAUGCAUUGUUUGUGUACACAAAGACUGGUCACAUGGCUUCUCUGCUGUCGAGAUGCAGACCUGACUGCCCGAUAUUUGCAUUCACGGAAACGACAUCUGUAAGGAGACGCCUGAAUCUACAAUGGGGAUUGAUCCCUUUCAGGGUGAGCUUCUCUGAGGAUAUGGAAAGCAACCUUAAUAAAACAUUCUCUCUUCUCAAGGCAAGAGGAAUGAUCAAAUCAGGUGACCUUGUUAUCGCUGUCUCAGAUAUGCUUCAAUCCAUUCAAGUUAUGAAUGUGCCAUAAUUUAUUAAUAAUCCCUAUGCAUGCAUAUUAGUAUGGCAGCAUUCUGUAUUUUCAAUUUAUUGAUGUUUUUGUAGAACUGUAAGUCGAGCAAAAGAUAAUGUGUGAGGUGUUUUAACUUAUGUAAAAACUAAUGCUGCUGAGUUGUAGACAUGAGAAGUGUCAUCCUUGUAUUUUUCUACUUGAUUAUGCAUUGAAUUUCCUGCCA